AUGGGCGGGUUGGAGGGAUUACGAGGGGAUGGGGAGUGGCGGAACAGGGCGUUGGCGGUAACGCGUGACACGAAUGAGCCGCAAUUACGCCAACAGUGCGGACCGCGAUGCAGCGUGGCGUCCCCCGCGCAGCGCCCCUACGUGGCGGUGCUGAUAGUGCCCACGGGCGUGGGCGCGGAGAUCGGGGGGUUCGCGGGGGACGCGCUGCCGGUGGCACGCGCGUUCAGCAGCGUGGCGGAGUGUCUGAUCGCGCACCCCAACGUGCUCAACGGCGCCAUGCUCUACUGGCCGCUGCCGCGCGCGCUCUACGUGGAGGGCCACGCGCUGGACCGCUUCGCGCGCGGCGAGUGGGGGCUGCAAGCGGUGCACAGCAACCGCGUGGGGCUGGUGUUCGACCAGGCCAUCGAAGAGGACCUCCUCCAACGCCACCUGCAGGUGGCAGACGCAGCGAGAGCGACGCUGGGAAUUGACAUAGUGGGGUACACCGUCACCGACCGCCCCCUCAAGGUGCACAAGUGGGUGGACGGCGCCACAGGUGCGGCCACAGGGCGAAUCGAAGAGGCCGACUCGCUGCUGCGCGCCGUGCAGACUCUGCUCGACGCGCCCCUCGCCGCACACCCGCCCUCCCACGCGCACGCUCUCUCGCCCGCAGCAGCAUCCACUGGCGGGGCGCAUGGGGUGGACGCGGUGGGAGUGGUGGCACGGUUCCCUGACGAUGCGGAGGAGGCGCUGCAGCAGUACCGCGAGGGGAGCGGCGUGGACGUGCUGGCGGGCGUGGAGGCCGUCAUCUCCCACCUCAUCGUCCACCGCUUCCAACUCCCUGCCGCCCACGCUCCCGCCCUCGCCCCCCUCCCGCUCCUGCCCUCCAUCGCCCCGCGCUCCGCCGCUGAAGAGAUCGGGCACACGUUCCUGCCCUGUGUGCUGGCUGGCCUCUCACGCGCGCCCCGCCUCGUCUCCCGCCACGCCCCUCCCACCACCGCAGCCGAGCGCACAGGGGCAGGCGGAGGGCAGGAGGGGCAGGAGGGGGCGGCGAUUGCGAGUACCAUCCCCACCAUCAUUGGGGGCGCAUGGGACUACAGCAGUGAUGCUGGCAGCAGCAGUUGCACGAGCACAAGCAUGAGUAGCAUGGGGGGAGGUGGCGGGGUGGUGUGGGCGGAGGACGUGGACUGUGUGGUGCUGCCCGUCAAUGCCUUCGGGGGCCCUGCCGCCCACGCCCUCGCACACCGACCAGGUGGCCCGCCGCUGUUCAUAGCGGUGGAGGAGAACACCACCGUCAUGGACGACCCGCCCUCCAAGUUUGGCAUCCCUGCUGUGGUGGUGGGCAACUACUGGGAGGCGCAGGGGGUGAUGGCGGCACACAAGGCAGGAGUGAGCCCGUGGUCGCUGCGCCGCCAUGCCAUCUCCCACAUCCCACGCGUUCACCCCGCCCGCUCUUGA